ACUAAGCGCUGGCGACGAUGGAUGGCUUCCUUCUCACAUUCUUCAUCAUAUCCCAUUCUCUCUCUCGGGAGAAUUUGUGCUAUAUAGCAAAGGAAGUAGGCUCCAAUUGACCACCAUGCCUCUGCGAGGCACAGGACUCACGUUUACCGUCUGCGAUGCAAACCCAUACUUCAGCUCUCUGGCCGAUCUAGAUGCUGCGACGGCGACGGCGACUUUAAGACUGUCGAGUGUACCGACAUACCAGCCUCGGCAGUUGAAAGCGGAUGGAAGGCAAGCGGGGAAGCUUCUGGUCUGCCAUGAUUACAAGGGCGGAUACACAGAGACGCCGUCUGAACAAGCCUACACGUUCAACUUCUGGCAGCACUGCGAUACCUUCGUCUACUUCGCUCAUCACCGGGUAACGAUCCCGCCUUCAGGAUGGACAACCGCCGCUCACCGCCAAGGCGUCAAAAUGUUGGGCACACUCAUAUUUGAAGGCCCCGCCGAAGCAGACGUCCUGCGACUCAUCGUCGGUCCCCCUCCCUCGCCCCCGCCUCCCACAGGCGACCUUACAACUGGUCCCGUGAACCGCCCCACGACCUUCCCGGUGUCCCGACACUACGCGACGCGUCUCGCCGAGCUCGCGGCCCAGCGAGGGUUCGACGGAUGGCUGCUCAACGUCGAGUGUCCGUUGAGAGGCGGACCGGAGCAGUGCAGAGCGCUGACUGUGUGGAUCGGGAUGCUGAGGGAGGAGAUGAGCGAGCGCGUUGGGGGGCAUGCAGAAGUUUGUUGGUAUGACAGUGUCAUUGUCAACGGCCAGCUGCGUUGGCAAGACCGGCUGAACGCGUACAAUCUACCAUUUUUCCUCGCGUCGGACUCGUUUUUCACCAACUACACUUGGCCGCCCACAUACCCCCAACUCACAGCCCAAUACUUCCUCAGCAUCGAUCCUGCCCUCCUCUCUUCCUCACCCUCUGCAUCUGUCAACCCACCCUUGUUGUCCAAAUCCCUCCAAAGCAUCCACACAGGCGUCGAUAUUUGGGGCCGCGGAUCCUACGGCGGCGGCGGGUUCGGUGCAUACAAGGCGCUUACGCACAUCGACCCUCAGGGGCUCGGGCUGAGCGCCGCGCUCUUCGGGCAGGCGUGGACAUGGGAAAGCGAGCAAGACAAAGAGGGCUUCAACUGGGACGCGUGGUGGGCGUACGAGCGCUUGCUGUGGCUUGGGCCUCGCGGGCUUGGCACCGGCACGACCGACGCUCCAGGAGAAGGAGGGGGGGAGAGGGAGGUGCCGGUACCGCCGCAUCCCGAGAGGCAAGCGCCGUUCGCGCUCGAGCUGGGCGGGUACAGACCCGUCACAGCGUUUUUCGACCGCAAGCUCCCGCCCGAUCCGGUGGCACGGACGUUCUUCACGUCCUUCUGCCCCGGUGUCGGCAAGGCGUGGUUCGUCAACGGCGCUCGCGUCCUCGACGCCCGCCCUGGCGAGGGCGUCAAAGCGGGCUGGACGGACGUGCACAAGCAGACGUCGCUCGGCGAUCUGCUCUGGCCUGUUCCGCAGCUCUCAUGGGAAGGCGAGCCGCGCGAGGAGGCGCUUCCGGGCACGAAGGUGGCGCUGGACUUUGAGGAUGGCUGGGUGGGAGGGAACGUGCUGAGGCUCGAUGUGAAGGCGCGGGGUACGGGUGCGGAGGACGCGUUUUUCCGCUGUGUGUGGGUGCCUGUGCAGGCGCUUGCGUUUACGCCUGGGAAGGCGUACGAUAUGCGCGUUGUGUUCAAGAUUGUGGUUGCGGCUACCGCUGAAGGCGAAGAGGGUGGGGUGGAUCUUGACUUGGGCUUAUCGGUGCGUUCGGGUGCGGGUUCGGAAGGGUGCGAUGUGGAGGUCGGGGAGGUUGUGCAGACCUCGUUGAGCGCAGGAUGGGAGCAGCAGAGUGUCCAGGUAACAGUACUCAAAGGCAGCACGAGCUCGACUCAGACGGAGACAGUCAACAUCGGCCUCGUCAUUGGCUUCGCAACCGAAGACCCAUCCAAAACAUGCUCAUUCUCGCUCCUUCUUGGCCAACUCACCGCGUACCCUUCCCUCUUAUCACCGAACGCCUCCCUCGCUCCUCCUGAGCAAACCACAAGCAUCCUCUACGUGUCCUACACUCCCACCUACUCCCCUUCAUACGUCUCGGGUGAAGCCUAUGCACCCACACCCCGCGGCGCACGCGCCUUCGCCCCGGGCACCCUCUCCUGGACCCUCUCCACCUCCCUCCCGCCUUUCACACUCCCCCAGAACCCGAUCCUACCAGACGACCCUACCCCGCUCUGGCUCCUCCGUCCCUCACCGCCGGCGCCCGAGGUCGAGUUCGCGUACUUCAAUAUAUACGCGCUCGCGCGCUUCGCACACGACGGCCUAAAGCCAGAGUACCCCAAUCCAGCGCCGGAGAGGGCGACGUGGGUGGGCACGACGGGGUACGAUGGGCGUGCGCUCGGGUUUGUUGUGGAUCCGCGGUGUUUGGAGGGGGUGUCUGGGAUGUCGAUGAGCGGGGGCGAUGAGGCGCCCAGGGGGGUGAGGUUUUAUGUGCAGGGGGUGACGCAGCGCGGGGAGGUGAUUGGGUGGGAUUGGUGUGCGUGGGUGGAUUGGAUGCUUCCUAGGAAUGGGUGAAGGGGCUUCACCUUUCUCCAGCGGUGUGGAAGAAGAUGCAACAUACGUUGCCCUUUGUUUUUCUUGGAGGAAGAAGGGUUUUGCCAAACGUAGACACAAGGUAGGAGAUACUUAAGCGCCAUGAAACCAGGCGAUGAGCUGCGGCUGCAGUAAAAGUAAAUACGGAUGGUGGCAUUCGUGAUUCCUAAGUUUUCUCCUGAAUCCAUAACAACAUAAUGUCCCUGCCCUGCUACGGAUUCGCAUUCUUCUGUCUACAUCUCCAGUUCAUAAGUGACAAAGCGUUGAGACGUCACGAUCUGUUUAAAUUUGGCGUCUAUAUCUAUU